AUGCAUCUCCUCCUACUCCAGCUGCUUGUGCUUUUGCCUUUAGGGAAGGGCAGCCUUGGCCGGGAUGACAGACGAAGUCAGAGUUCUCUUUCCCUUGUGCUCCUGGAAAGGAGUCGCAGGGAGCUCCCUUUGCACAAUCAAGAGGAUGCUGAGGACAAGCCAGAUCUAUUUGUGGCAAUGCCACACCUGAUAGGCACCAGCCUGGCAGGGGAAGAGCAAAAGCAGAGAGAGAAGAUGCUAUCCAAGUUUGGAAAGUUGUGGAAGAAGCCUGAGAGAGUGCUGCACCCUACCAGGGAACUGGAAAGAGAACGCUUCCCACCCAGGGUCCAGGACAUCCCUCAGCCAAUGGAUGGAAUGAAAAUGGAGAAAUCUCCUCUUAGAGAAGAAGCCAAGAAAUUCUGGCGCCACUUCAUGCUCAGAAAGGGCCCGGCUUCCCAGGGUGUCAUCUUACCCAUCAAAAGCCAUGAGGUACACCGGGAGACGUGUAGGACAGUACCCUUCAGCCAGACUAUCUUCCACGAGGACUGUGAAAAAGUAGUUGUCCAGAACAACCUUUGCUUUGGGAAGUGUGGAUCUGUUCAUUUUCCUGGAGCUGCCCCGCACCCUCAUACCUUCUGUUCCCACUGUUCACCCUCCAAAUUCACCAUGAGGCACUUGCAGCUGAAUUGCACUGGCCUCACUCCGGUGGUCAAGGUGGUGAUGCAGGUAGAAGAAUGCCAGUGCACAGUGAAGACAGAGCAUGGACAUGGACAGUUCCUACAGACUGGCUUCCAGGAUUCAUUUAUUCCAGGAGUUUCAACUUAA